UACAAUAGGGUCCAUACAGCUUAUCAUAUGUGGAACAUCCCUUUUCAAACUAAUUCCUGAUCUUUGGAUCUUCACACCCGGAAUGUGACGCGAUUCGAUACUUCACUUUUACUGUACUAAAAAUAUCUUGAUUACAUCCUUCAUUUACCGUCGAUCCUUUUCACUCGUCACAUCUCUGCAAAUAACUAGAUUGCCAUCAAUUAUGGCGAAUUUAUCCCGUGUCACGCUAACCGUACUUCUCGCCCCCUUAUUUUUUGCCGUUGUUGUCCACGGUCAGGCAAACUUCACGACGGGUCCAUCCUUCUACGCCGCUAAAUGGGCCAACGUUCCGACCCCACGGGGCAUCAUGAUGGACUCCUUCGGCGACGUACUUCUCGUUUCCAGGUCAGUCGCCCAAAUCUUCGCCGUAUUUGAUGACCCCGAAGGAACCCCGGUCGUUCUACAGAUCACGAACGAAACUGGUCUCGAACUGAAUCACGCCCUCACCUACUCGGCCGGAUAUCUGUACGCCUCCAGUAAGUCGUCCGUAUAUCGGUGGCCGUAUACACCCGGACAGCGAAGGACGAUUGACGUCCCAGCCCAGCUUGUCGUCCACAAUAUUCCUGGCUCCGAAUCGGCUGCGUUUAUCACCCGACCGGUUAUUUUUGAUGCUAGGAUGAAUUUCUACGUUGGCGUUGGGGCGGGUGUCAAUACUCCUCCGGAGCCUGACUCAAAUCGUACCAGGAUACGGAAGUUCGGAGUUUUGAAUAGUGACAAUUUCCCGAUUGACUUUGAUAAUGGAGAGGUUUUCGCAGAUGGCGUCCGAAACGAAGUAGGGGUCGAUUUUGACGCUUCCGGGACACUUUGGGGCGUAGAAAAUGGUAUCACUGGAGGAAUAACGAGGCCAGAUCUCGGAACUGAUGACUUCACAAUGUUUAAUCCGACCGAAGAAUUGAACCGCUUUAACAAACCGGGGGCUCAUUACGGUUAUCCGUACUGUUUCAGUAGUUAUAUGUUGCAAGAUAACCCACCUGGGACACAGUUCGCCUGGCAUUCCUUCUUGAACGACGGUAUUCACAGUGAUGAAUGGUGCAGGAAUCGAUCAAAUGUCGAGCCUCCCGUCCUGGCCAUGCCGGCACACGAGGCACCCUUGGGGAUAACUUUCUACGAUGGGAGAGGCUGUAAUAGUGUGGAAGGUUCGUUUCCCUGCAUUAUGAGGGGAGACGCCUUCGUGUCCUUCCAUGGCUCGACGUGCUGUGGAGCAACGCCUCCCGUCGGUUAUCGCGUGGCUCACCUCCCUUUCGAUAAGGCCACGCUUAUCCCCACGGGAGAAAUACUUAACGUGAUCUAUGACCCGGAAAAGGAGCGGUGUGUUAACAAUGGUGAAAGAGCGACAUGUUUCAGACCCGUGAGCGUAACCUUUGACUACAAUGGACACAUGAUCGUUACCGUUGAUUCGACCGGGGAAUUGUUUAAGGUUUAUUAUAAUGGGACAUUGUAGAGGUUACAGUGUUUUAAAAUUUAGAACAUAGGGAAAAUUGAUUGAAUAAAAUGGCUCGCUUUAAAUGGAAA